UGGGUGGGUGCUGGGGGUGUCUGCUGAUUUAGUUAAAAUGGGAAAUCGAAAGCUCUGAGGGCCCCCAGAAGGCCUCCUCUUCCCUUUUCAAAAGCUACUUAAGAGCAAACUGGAAAGUCCCCCCAAUCUCUCUGACAAGGAGGGCAGCGAAGAGGCAAGAACUUGGGGGCCUUUUCCAGGUAAUCGACCCCAUGGAGAAGUUGAAGGCAGUGCUGGACCUGUACCUGAAGCACCACAGCACACUGACCUAUGGCCUGGUGACCCUGCUCACGGCGGGCGGGGAGAAAAUCUUCUCGGCGGUGGUGUUCCAGUGCCCAUGCAACGCCACGUGGAACCUUCCCUACGGCCUGGUGUUCCUGCUGGUGCCCGCGCUGGCGUUCUUCUUGCUGGGCUACAUGCUGAGCGCGCGCACCUGGCGCCUGCUGACCGGCUGCUGCGCGCGCCGCGGGGCCGCGGGCGCCGCCAGUGCGCGCUGCGCGCGGGUGUGCGCGCAGCUCAGCGCGGCCGCUGCGCUCGCGCCGCUCACCUGGAUCGCCGUGGCGCUGCUGGGCGGCUCCUUCUACCAGUGCGCCGCCAGCGGCAGCGCCUGGAUCGCGCAGCGCCUGUGCGCGAACCUCAACGCCACCUGCGCCGAGCAGCUGCCGCUGGUACCCUGCAGCCAGGACGAUGCUGGGAAGCUGAGCCUCCUGAGACAGCUCAAGGCGCAAUCUCAGGUGCUUGGCUGGGUCCUGAUAGCAGCUGUUAUUAUCUUCCUUCUGAUUUUUAUAUCUAUCCCCCGAUGCCUGUCACCGGUUAGUUUUCUGCAGCUGAAAUUCUGGAAAAUCUAUUUGGAAAAGGAGCAGCAGUUCUUGAAAAGUCAAGCGAUGGAGCAUGCAACUGAACUGGCAAAAGAAAACACUAGAUGUUUCUUUGAGCGUUCCCACCCAAAGAAAUACAAUACCCCAAGCACAAAAGAUUGGCAGCAGAUUUCAUUACUGUAUACUUUCAAUCCCAAGUACCAGUACUAUAGCAUGUUGCACAAAUAUGUGAACAGACAAGAGGAUAGUAUCAAAUCCAGCGAUGGAGACACAGUGAUUGCUGUCCUUAACUUUGUAGAUUCCUCUGUUUUAAACAGUUCUGUUUUAUGAACUUAGAAAUGAAUAGAAAACGCAUUUUGAGUUAUUGCUUCAUUAAAAAUACGUUGUUUAUAA